CAGGAUAUUAUAGAAUAUGGCUGGAAUUGCUUUGGACGAAUAUGAAUUGCUGGGCGAUCCACGGUAUCGCUCAUAUAUUUCUGCGGUUGAUAAAGCCCUAAAAAAUUUUGAAUACACCAGUGAAUGGGCAGACCUCAUAUCUGCUUUAGGGAAAUUAAACAAGGUUCUAUUGAGUAAUGUCAAGUAUUCCGUCAUUCCAAGACGUAUCACUAUUAGCAAGCGUCUUGCACAGUGUAUGCAUCCAGCUUUACCGAGUGGUGUCCACUUAAAGGCAUUGGAAACCUAUGAUAUUAUAUUUAAAUCCAUUGGCCCUGUGAGAUUGAGUCAAGAACUUUUUAUUUAUAGUGCUGGACUCUUUCCUUUACUUGGAAAUGCAGCUAUGAGUGUAAAACCAAGCUUGUUAACAAUUUAUGAAAAUCACUUUGUACCACUAGGAGAGAAACUCAGGCCUGGAUUGAAUGGCUUUUUAAUAGGUGUACUACCCGGCUUGGAAGAAGGUUCUGAGUACUAUGAAAGAACAGAUGAAUUGCUUUUAUGUGUGUGCUCAAACGUAGAACAGAGCUACUUCUAUGGUUGUAUGUGGAAAUGUAUUCUUUCCAAUCCUACAAUAAGGCUGCCUGCAAUUUCUUUUGUAAUUAACCAUUAUAAUCGUCGACUUUCAAUGGAGGAUCAGCUGCAUGUGAUUGGCACUGAUAUUGAUACAAUGGUUCAAGGUCUGUGUGCUGCCCUUCAAGAUUCUAGUGUUCUAGUUCAAAGGUGUGCCUUAGAUUUAUUAUUGUUGGGAUUUCCAUUUCAUCGCAAUCAAUUAGUUUCAUCUGAUAUGGUUCAUGUUGUGACUUCAGCUUUGACAGUUGUUUUAAGACGAGAUAUGUCUUUGAACAGACGUUUGUUCUCCUGGCUUAUGGGUGGAGACAUGUUAAGCAGUGACGAUUUGUAUAAAUCAUCAACUGCAUCUUCUGAACAAUGUGAUGAAAAUUCCUACUUUAAAAGAUUUUCAAAAGAUUUUUUAUUGAAAGCUCUCCAAGUUUGCUUUGAUAAUCCUCAGAGUGUGAUAUCAUCGGCCAGCAUGCCCUCCAAUGCUGAAUUGUGGUGCUACAGGCUACUUAUUAGCUUAUUGGAUCGACCUGAAAUUAGUUCAGUUAUAGUGGAUGACAUUUUAAUGGAUAUUUUUAGAUCUCUGUAUUUGACUUGUAACUUUCUGGAAAAGAAUCCUGUGGCCUGUGAAAAAAAGCUUCAAAAGCAUCUCAAGGAUUGUGGAGAACUAAAAAAAGCUGCAAAUUUACUUUUUGGAACAUUAGAGCCAUCAUAUUUGUGGGACUAUUCUGCUAAACAUUUUGAAAAUUCUUGCCAAAUAUCUAUCUCUGAAAACCAGAGAAAUGAUAUUUCAAGAGAAAAAAAAUUAGAAGUUCUCAAAGUUGGAUCUGGAAAUCCAAAUUUAAAAGAAUUAUGCUGUUUAGUCAGUUUUUUAUUAGAUGUUGUCUCAUUGGAAACUUAUUUAGAAGCUCGUACAGAAUAUCUUCCUAAACUUUUGUGUCAUAUUUUUGAUGUUAUUUCAAAAUAUUGCAAAUCCCUCUCUGUCUGUGAUAUAUCUGUGGCAGUUCAAUUGUGUUCGAAACUUCUGUCGAAGGUUCAACCGCCAUUGAUAAAUGCUAACUCUGAAGAUGUUUUAGAGUCAAGAAAAAAUACUGAUCAUGAACAUUUAAAAGAAGCUGGGAAAGAAAGUAAUAAUUCUUCUAAAUUCUGUCUUGUAAGUACAACAGAGAAUGAUGUAUUGAGAGAAGCUUCAAAAUCUUUUGAAUUUUCAAUUGAGGACCAGAUUAUAAGGUUGGAGUUUGAUGAUUGUUGUAAAGAUGAGUAUAAUUCCAGUGACAUUGAUAGUAAUAUUAAUUUGUGUGUUGAAAAAUAUAAAAUUCUAUUUGUAACAUUUUUAAAAGAAAAACUCAUCCUUGAUGUUCCAAAAUCUUUAAGCUGUUAUGAAUCUUUAGUGCUACCAGAACAAGAUGAUAAAAUGCAAAGAGAAAAGAAUCUUGACAAGUUGCUAAACCAAUGCUUACAGAUGAAGCGUGAACAUUUUUCAGAUGAGGAAAUAAAAGAAUUCAAAAAGGAUGUUCUUGAUAGUGCCUCUAAGCAGAUUAUUUCUCUGCACAAUGAAGUUUUAAACAUCAACUCAGAUUCGUCUAUUUGUCAAGCUUUUGAAAAACUGUGUAAUCUUCUCAUUGAAUUAUCAUCAUUUCCCACAUUUUACACCAAUUCAAAAAACUUAUAUGAUAAACAUUUGAGAGCACCUAGAUCAUCUUUCAUACCAGAGUGGUUAAAACUGAUAAUUAUUUUAUCAUGUUUUUCAAAUUUGGAGGAAAUAUUCUUUAUUGCAACAUCAACAUUGUUCGACCUUAUAACCUUAACUAAGUCAGUUCUUCAUAACAAUGAAAUAAAUGAAGUUGCCUCUGUGACAACAACAGCUCCCAGUUCUGGAUCUCCUUCAAGCUCAUCUACCGUUGUUUUAGUUGCUUUAACUCCUGCUGUGAGUUUUUCACAACUUGAAUUUCUCUCAUCUGAUACAAUUUUAUUUGGAAUUGCUGCAAAAAAAUUGUGGAACUAUGUUGGAGAUGAAAGACCCAACUUCUGCUUACGAGGAACAGAGUUGUUACAGCAAGUGCAUAAUUUGUCUUCUGCAAGUUCUGUGUGUGAGGAUGUUAUAUGCAGAUCAAUGGCUUCAGGAGAUGAAAUGUUCCAAGUUGAAGCACAAAAGAAAUUUAGUGUUUUAUGGCAUCUAACUCGAGAUUUGAGUUUGAAGUCUACUCCUUCUACAAUGACUCGAGUUUUUGACAGGUGUUUAUUUCUGAUGUUAGACAACCUUGGUAAAGAAACUGGACCUCAAAAAGCUAUAUCACAAGCUUGGUUAAAUCAUUCACUACAGCGUGGUGAUGUUGCCAGAAUUCUAGAGCCAAUCUUGCUAGUUCUUCUUCAUCCUGACUCUGCAAGAGUGUCUGUGCAACAUGUUAAUGUUCACCGUCCUAAAAAAAUCAUAAUAUCAGACGAAAAAGAUAGCUCUUAUCAUGAUGAUGUUGAAGCAAAAGUUUAUGCUAUAAGUAGUGUUUCUGGUCAUGUAAUAUAUCAUAUAAGUGAUGAUAGUCAUCCAACAUCACAACAACCAAGUCCUGAAAAGAAAAUUUUAGCUUUAACUUCUGUGAUCAAUGCAGAUUCGAAUAAAGGCUCUACUAUUAUAACUCAUAAUUCUAUGAUACAAGAAUUUGAACUUCCUUCUAGUCAUGAGCGUGAUUUGAAAUUAUCAAUCUCUGUUUUUGUUAAUCCAUUUGGAUCUCUGUCAUCUCUUGCAAGUGAUUCUCAUUUAGAUUAUGCUACUUUUGCAUCAUCUGAUUUAUCCCAAGCCAAACGCAUGGAAAGUUUUAGAAAAAGUUCAUUUGAUGAAGAUAUGUGUGAAAAUGAUGAUUCUGCUAAUUAUGAGUUAUCCAUUGAAAAUACUGUUUUAUCACUUUUAGAUGAAAUUGUUACUCAAGUAGUAAGCUCUGAAAAUCAUGAAAAGGAGUAUCUUUCUUCUGGUGAUUUUUCUCUGAAUGAUGAUUACCUUGAUGAUGGAUUUUCAAACUCAUGUGAUUUAAAUUCUUCCUAUAAAAAGUGUUCAGAUUACAAUAAAGUAGCCCAAAUGAGUGUUCAUCCAUUGCAUACAUAUAUUCUUUUAUACUGUCAAGUGUAUGAUUCUAAAAAAACGUUAUAUGCUUUGUAUUCCCUCAAAGCAAUUAUACUGACUAAUCCAAGAAUUGCUUUGUGCAGUAUGGCAACGUCUAAUAUAAGUAAUUCGUUGAGUUUAAGAGGGCAGCAGUUACAACUGUUAUUGGCUCGUCAUCGGAAAUCUGUGUUUGGUAAUAAUUUUCAUGGUGAAUUGACAGCCGAGGCAACGACCAUGUUCAGGAGUAACACUUAUGUUGAAGUCAUUGUUGCAACAUGCUUAUACCAUGUUCGAAGUCAUUACCCAAAUUUUCCUCAGGUUCGAUUGACUGAAGAUGAAGUAUUAGGAAAUAGAAAUGUUCGAUUACUUUGUAUGGAAGUUCUUACUUUAGUCUUUUCUGAGUUAGUUGGAAUUGUGAAAGACAGUGGAAAGUGUUUUGCUUCCUAUUUGAUUGAUCUUUUGCACAGAACUAAAGUUCAAAAAACCUUGUUACACUGUCUUGCAGCUAGUGUUUAUGAUUCUCAAUUGAAAGUACUAUCUCUGGAAGAAAAAUCUGUUACUUUUACAGAAACUAUUGUGGAAUUUAACGAGAAACCAUCUAUUGUUGGGAAUCAAAUGAAGUAUCAUUCCAAUGAUUUUCAAGAUACUUAUCAGGUUCAUUUAUUGAGAUUGAUGGCUACACUAAUUGUUCUUGAAGACACAGUAAUUGCUCAAAAUGCCGCUGAAAAAGAUGUUGUUGCCACUUGUGUGUCUAAAACUGUGGAUUCUAUAGCCGAGAAAAAGAAUGCAAAAACAAGCACUCAAUCCUCAUCAAAAUAUCAACCAGGUGUACCUGUACCUUGUCAAGCAAUGUUUCUGAGUGCAGUUCUCACUGCAUUGCGUCAAGAUCAUCGGGCCCACCUUCAUAUACAUUGGUUAUCAUUAGUUACAUCUGCUUUGCCUUUCAUGGGAAGAUGGCUACCACGCCUGAUUAUGACAGUAGUUAAUCAACUUUGUGUAAAUUUAGAAAAAAUUUCCUUAAUGUUUUGGGUAUCUCCUUCAAAAAUGAAAACAGAACGUGAAUCCUUUCAAUCUGAAAAUCAGUUUAUCAUGCCUCCAGACUUUUUGAUCACAAUAAUAGAAGGCUUAACUACUUUAUGCCACUAUUGUUUGUUGGACUGUUCACCACCAGUUCUGUCACCUUUAAAUCAACCUCCUUUACCACCUGUUCCAUCACAACCUUAUGCUCCUGGCACUAGUGCUUCGCAAAUAAUUUCUAACCUGAUACAUGUAUUCUCCACUUCAUCAAAUCAAAAGGAAAAUAAUGGACAUGACUCAGUUGCAGCAAUCGAUCCCGUUCUGUCAGCAAAGCGUGUUUUACUUAGUAAUCUCCCUAGAGUUAUUUCAAGUAUUACUUCAGUAUUUAGAAUUGUCACAGAAGUUGAUAAGCAGAAUCAGCAGCGAGAGUGGUGGAUCAUGGGUACACCAAAGAUUGUGAAGCAACACAUACUAAGCUUUCUUAGUCCCAUUUCUCUAAACCAUGGACCAAAUUUUAUGGCUGCUGUUGCAGUUGCAUGGCAUGAAAGUAGAGUGGAAAACGAUAAAAAUUCCAAAAAAGUUAUUCCUACAUGGUCACCAGAUCAACUUCUUCUUGUAGAACUAGUUGCAGCAAUAAAAGUUCUGCCUUUAGAAUCCAUUGUUCAAACUGUUAGACAAGUUUUAAAGCAACCUCCUCAAAUGUCACAAAAAAAUAAAAUAUCUAUUGAAGUCAAUACCUUACAAUUUUUUCUUGCAUAUGUUCAACAAACAUCAGGUUCCCAACUUAUUGAAACGUGGCAGUCAUUACUCGGCCUAUGGAGAGAUGGGUUGCAAUUAGCAUUCCCCCUUGUUCAAUUCCAUUUAUUAAGCAUUCUUCAUGAAUUUGUACAAAGAGCACCAUUAUUAGAAGACAAGAAAUCACAGAAAGACCUACAGGAUAUAGCUCAUAAACUGAUAGAAGCUUGCAGCUCUGUAGCGUGUGACAGUUUGGAGCAAACUACUUGGUUAUGGCGUAACCUUGCUGUCAAACCUGGACCGCAAUCUGAAGUCCCUGCUUCUGCUGAAGUUGAAAAUUCAACACUAACGGAGUCUUCAGAUUCUUCUGGGACAGUUUCAAAACCUCAGAAUAAUAAUGCUCAAUAUAGUGUUCAAGCUUUGUGCUGUUUAGCUGAAUUUCUCGCACCUGUGUUGGAUUUUGUUUAUGUUGGGGAAGAGAAAGAAAAAGUAAUUCCAUUGCUAAGCAAUAUAAUGCAUUAUGCCACCCCUUACUUGAAAAAUCAUAGUACACAUAAUGCGCCCAGUUUUCGUGCUUGCUGUCAGCUACUUGCUAAUAUUUCUGGUUAUCAACAUACUAGAAAAGCCUGGCGAAAAGAAGCUUUUGAGUUACUUUUAGAUUCCUCGUUUUUUCAAAUGAACUUUACAUGCCUUACAUAUUGGAGAUCAAUUAUUGAUCAUCUCAUGACUCAUGACAAAACAACUUUUAGAGACUUUAUGUCUAGAGUUGCAGUAGCACAGUCUGGUUCACUCAACUUAUUUAGUAGUAAGGAACAAGAGUAUGAGCAACGAUCCAAUUUAUUAAAAAGACUUGCUUUUGUGCUAUUUUGUAGUGAAAUUGAUCAGUAUCAGAAGUAUAUGCCAGAUAUUCAAGAACGAUUAACAGAAAGCUUAAAAAUGUCACAUGUUCCAAUUGUGCAAGCUCAAAUUUUUCUGUGCUUUAGAGUCUUACUAGUUCGGAUGUCACCUAACCAUGUUACUUCUCUUUGGCCUGUCAUCAUAACAGAGAUGGUUCAAGUUUUUACUCAAAUAGAAUAUGAUCUUUGCUCUGACUCUGAAGAAUUCAGUGAUGGUGGUGGUCUCAGAAAGACUCGCAGUUCACAUUUGCGAAGGAUGUCUAACCUAGAUUCAUCAUGGGUAGUCAGCAAUAAUAAUGGUCUUAAUGCUCACAACCAUCCUGCAUGGCUUCAUCUAUAUUUAUCAGCAUGCAAACUAUUAGACAUGGCUGUUGCACUACCGGCAAAUGUUCUUCCACAAUUUCAAAUGUAUCGAUGGGCAUUCAUUGGUGACAGCCCACCAUUGUCUACAGAUUAUGAAGAAGUAGUUAAAACACCUCAUCCUGAUUCACCAGAAUUUGUGCCCCAUAUAAUAAGAUUAGCAAGUUUAUUAAAUAAAAAGAUUCCUUCAGAUGACCAUCUUCCAUUUGCUUCUGGACAAUUAUUGCUAAAAAUGAAGAGCAUCAAGUCAAUUUUACAGCUACAGCCAUUUUUUAAUACUCUUUCGGACAUAUCAAACUGCAAACAUACACCAGAAACGGAACAACUUGAGAUUAAAAGGCUUGCUGAAGAAAACUCCUCUCUCAUGUCAAAAUCAAAAUCUGCUCCAGAUUUACAUACUUUAUCAAGUAAAACAUUUCUACUGUAUUCAAAUUCAUCUAAAAGCACUGCUGAGCAAAUUGAACUUAUAUUAGAGUCGGACUUUUUAGAAGAAUGUACGUGA